AUUCUGCAGGAACCCCUCCUUAAUGUGGACACUCCUGAUUCUGCAGGAACCCCUCUUUAAUGUGGACACUCCUGAUUCUGCAGGAACCCCUCCUUAAUGUGGACACUCCUGCUUCUGCAGGAACCCCUCUUUAAUGUGGACACUCCUGAUUCUGCAGGAACCCCUCUUUAAUGUGGACACUCCUGAUUCUGCAGGAACCCCUCUUUAAUGUGGACACUCCUGAUUCUGCAGGAACCCCUCUUUAAUGUGGACACUCCUGAUUCUGCAGGAACCCCUCUUUAAUGUGGACACUCCUGAUUCUGCAGGAACCCCUCCUUAAUGUGGACACUCCUGCUUCUGCAGGAACCCCUCCUUAAUGUGGACACUCCUGAUUCUGCAGGAACCCCUCCUUAAUGUGGACACUCCUGAUUCUGCAGGAACCCCUCCUUAAUGUGGACACUCCUGCUUCUGCAGGAACCCCUCUUUAAUGUGGACACUCCUGCUUCUGCAGUAACCCCUCUUUAGACUUCUAUUGGUCCAUUUUUUAAAAGUUGUACUGCAGAAAUCGCUCCUCCAUUUCCUGGUUGCUGAAACCCUAAUAAUGCUCCGGAGUCCACAAUGACCGCAGGUCCAGAACACCGCUCCGUGUUUGAGUACUGUCUUCAAGACUCUGCUCUACAGGAGGUCCGAGAAGUUACCAGUGUUCAUGAGCCUCCUGUACACACCAAGAAUCCACCACACAGUCAUGGAGUGACUGUGUGCCCCAAGGAGGAUCUCCAGGAUGAAAAACAGCCAGAGAGCAGCCUGGGUAGAGAUGUGUCUGACAGGAUGGUGUGCUCGGCCUGCCAGUGCCCCUUCGACACCCGGGAGGAGCAGAUGGAGCACUACAAGCUGGACUGGCACCGUUUCAACCUGAGGCAGAGACCAUCUGGUAAAACACCAGCCACAGUGGAGGAGUUUGAGAGGAAGACCGGUGGAGGAGACAUGUCUAGCAUCUCAGGUUCUGACUCGGAGGACGAGGAACCAGACAGUGACUGGGUUGUGGAGAACACCGAGGCUGCUCCUCUACAGAAGGACGACGGUGUUCUAGAAGCGGAAUCCUUCGGUCGCCUCUCCAACCGGGUCGUGUUCCAGAACUCUCAGGGGCAGUACCUGGCUGUCUACCGCUGUGUUCUGCAGAGCAAGUCUGCCAUAGAGGAAGACCUGGUGGCCUCUCUACAAAGUCUCAGUAACAAGACUAUGUGGGUCAUUCUGAUGGCAGGUGGUGGACACUUCGCUGGAGCCGUGUUUCAAGGGAGAGAGGUGUUGCAGCACAAGACGUUCCAUCGGUACACUGUGAGAGCCAAGCGGGGGACAGCCCAGGGUCUGAGAGAUGCUAAGAACAGCAGUCAUGCUCCUAAAUCAGCCGGAGCUGCCCUGAGGCGAUACAACGAAUCUGCGCUCGUCAAGGAGAUCCAGGACUUACUGGAGAGCUGGUCUGACCACCUGACUGACGCCAGUGCCAUCUUCCUGCGGGCGCCCAGCCAUAACAAAACCCUGUUCUUGGGGGGUAAAGCGGCUCCGCUGGUGAAGAAGGACCCUCGGAUCAGAACACUGCCCUUCCCCACACGCAGGGCCACCUUCAGAGAGAUAAAGAGAGUACACGAUGUCCUCUCCACUCUAAAUAUAUAUGGUAAAGACACUGACAUCUCCGACAUCCUGAGUCCCUCUAACAAAGUGUGGAAGAAGGCACGUACACCUGUGGCUCAGCCAGAACCUUCCCAGGAGACAACAGCACCCCUAGUGGAGGAGGAGGAGGAGAGUUCAGGAGAGGAGCUGGAGACGGUGGAGGUGACUCUGGGAACUCUGGACCUCCGGGAGCAUGAGAUCUACCCGGCUAGGAGGAAGAAGAGGAGACGCAGGACAGAGGACAGAGGUCUAAGUAACAGAGAAGCUGUGGGGUCUCCUGCUGCUCCUGAAGACAGUAACCAGGAGAGAGGAGGAGAGAAAAACCAGGGGAGGAGGAAACCCAAGGGGAAGAAGACGAUACAACAUGAAGAGGAGGAGCCUGAUGAGUCCUGGGACUAUGGCCUGAGGGAUGCUCUCUACACCGCCUGUAAGACUGGAGACCUGGACACCCUCAUCAGACUGUUACCAGUGAGGAGGGGAGAGGAGGGGGACCAGGAUGGACAGAGAGAGGACCAGGAUGGACAGAGAGAGGACCAGGAUGGACAGAGAGAGGACCAGGAUGGACAGAGAGAGGACCAGGAUGGACAGAGAGAGGACCAGGGAGACCAGGAUGGACAGAGAGAGGACCAGGAUGGACAGAGAGAGGACCAGGAUGGACAGAGAGAGGACAAGGGAGACCAGGGUGUUCAGAGUGAGGACCAGGGUGCAAAGCAAGAGGGAGAGAAGAAUCAGGGAGAGGUGGAGGAGAGCUGCUCUUCCCAGGCCCCUGCAGCCCAGAGUCCACUAGCCCUACUCAACCAGCCCAAAGACCCUGCAGCCCAGAGUCCACUAGCCCUACUCAACCAGCCCAUAGACUCUUCAGGCUUCACUCUGCUUCACGUGGCCUCCGCAGCAGGGCAGAAAGGAGUGGUCCAGCUGCUGAUGGAUGCAGGCAGCGACCCGGCAUGCAAAGAUCUGACCGGCCAGACUCCCUACAUCGUUGCUCCUGACAAGGACACCAGGAACGUGUUUAGGAAGUACAUGGCUGAUCACCCUGACAAAUACAACUACAGCAAGGCUCUGGUUCCUGGUCCGCUGACGGCCGAGUUGGAGUCCAAGAAGACGGAGAAGAAAAGGGCUCAGAAAGCGGCCAAGAAAACGAGGGAGAAAGAACAGAAAGAACAGAGGAAGAAACUAGAGAUGGAGGCUGAGGAGAAGAAAAGAUUUGCCUCCUUAAGCGAUCGAGAGAAGAGAGCACAGGCUGCAGAGAAGAGGUUGGCAGAGCAUCAGGCCUCAACAGGGGGAGACCUUUCAAACACCAGGCGGUGUUGGCAGUGUGGGGAGUCCCUGGUGGGAAAGGUUCCGUUUCAGUACCUAGACUUCAGCUUCUGCACCCCUCGCUGUGUCCAGGAGCACCGCAAGGCUAAUGUGGCUAACAGGAGCAGGGCAGGAAACUGACUUUCAUGUUGCUACCGCCACAACCCUACCAUACUGUUGCCACUUCACUAUAGAAGCCUCAGGCCUACUAAUCUAUUGGUUGGUGGGGACAGAGCACGCAGACCCAGAGACCUUACUAAGCCAAGCCACAGACCUCAGUCAAUCUGCAGGGCCCAGUGAUCUUGAUGUUGCCCAUCUGAUAGGAUUAAAAUGCACAGAAAUAUAAUUAAUAUAACAUACGAAUGGGGACUCCUGUUCUAUUCAUUAUAUUCUAUGCAUUUAAUCCCAUCAAAUAGGCCAAAAUCCAGAUGGAUAACUUUAGAUGAAAACUGGACCUGGUGACUCCGAGACGAGCAGCUUUGUUACGAUUCAGUUUAUCUCAGAAGAUCUGCCUUGUAGCACCGUUGGAAAUCUGAAAGGUCAUUUUCCGAUUUGAGCCUUGAACAUGCAGCGUUUACCGUGAAAGCAGGUUGCCUUUAAAUGGAGCUGAUCGUUUCAGGAAAGGAGGCAGAGCUGGGGUCUGAACCGGGUCUGAACCGGGUCUGAACCGGGUGAACUGGUGUCAAAUGAAAUCACUGUUGGUGUGGAAUGGAAUAAUAAACCAAAUUAAUUCAGCUGUACAUGUGAUGAUGAAACUGUUUAUUCAUGUACACAGUGUUUUUAUGAAAUGGGUAUAUAGUAACGUGCCAAAACGGACAGUAUCUGACAGAAGCACAGCAACUCAUGUUAUUAAAUCAUGUCAAAACAAU